UCAGGCAGAUUUUUAAUCUUAUCAUCUUCUUCAUCACUGACCACAAUCCCAACAACCAAAAAUAUGGCAACUUUGAAUCUCUCAUCCUUCUCCAAAACCCUAAACCCUAUUUCCAAAACCCUAACCCCCAAACUUUCACAUCCCUCCACACUGUCCGUAUCCUUCCUUCCUUGCGCUCGCCCGUACCUAACUAAAUCAAGAAGUGCCGCUUUGCCGGCCGUGAGAGCUUUGACCGACGGCGAAUACUCCGCCAAAAGGAAUAGCGGCGGCGAGGAAAGGGAGACGAUAUUGCUACCGGGAUGUGACUACAAUCACUGGCUCAUCGUCAUGGAAUUCCCCAAAGACCCCGCUCCCACCAGGGACCAGAUGAUUGACACUUACCUCAACACUCUCGCUACAGUUCUCGGCAGUAUGGAAGAAGCAAAGAAGAAUAUGUAUGCCUUUAGUACCACAACUUACACUGGUUUUCAGUGCACUGUAUCGGAAGAGACAUCUGAGAAAUUCAAGGGCCUACCUGGUGUUUUGUGGGUCUUGCCUGAUUCAUAUAUUGAUGUUAAGAACAAGGAUUAUGGAGGAGAUAAGUACGUAAAUGGAGAGAUCAUUCCCUGCCAGUACCCAACUUAUCAACCGAAGCAAGCCAGAAGUUCAAAAUAUAAGAGCAAAGCUUAUGUAAGAAAGAGAGAUGGCCCUCCCUCCGAACAAAGAAAACCAAGACAAGAAGCAACACCGGAAUCUGCUUCCUAAUGAACAAUGACGAAUAUGGUUGCAAAUUGCUAUCCGUGGAUGCUGUUCUGUCAAAUAAUAGCUUGGAUUGGAGCAUAGUUUUCACAAGAUGAGAGCUUUGUUUAAGUUUUUGAUCCUUACAUUUUGAAUCUCAAGCUAGUUAUGAGGCUGCUUGUCAGUUUUCAGUAUAUGUAUCCAGCUGUGUUAUAGGAGUAACUGUGACCAGUGCUAUUUAAGUAUGUAGUAGAAAAACUUGUCAGUCAGGUUCUAUUAUUGAACGUCUCAUGUUUAUUCGCUAA